AUGCACCAUUCGCAAACGCGACACGGCCAUCGCUACAUACCAGCUGACCAAAGUUACCCCAUUCGAAACGAGAUCCUUGCAGACGAAGCGCAUGUUUCCGUCUACUCUGAGAUCUUCAAACAUCUCUUCUUUCCUUACAACGAAUACCACCGUUUUACCAGCAACCAACACUACCAAAGCCGAAAUGGUCUUACUUGGCUAAAACGACUUUCCUAUGACCGAGUUACAGCGGAUAAUAUUAAUAUUGCGAAAAUCGACAUAGCAUCAAUUACACCCUCGACUGCGAAAUUCAGUGCCGUAUACGAUACCGGGGAUCUUGGGGUCAAUACCCCAUCCCUUGGUAUUCGCUUAGAGCAAUACAAUCAUAAUUCCUCGCGAGCAAGAUACGGGAAUAACAGACACCUAGACAUUGUAGCGGAGGCGAAGUUCCCGCUUUAUGAUAUCAAGUCUUUAGCCGUAAGAAGGAUUGCAAACGAUGACUACGGUCGUUUAGAUAACGGGUAUAUGGGGCAAGACCCAAGCCAGGACGACUACACAUAUGAAGUUACAUUCAACCUAUCAUCCUAUGGGUCUGGGGCUCGCCGCUUUUCUCUGAGCCCACAUUACCGAGACCGCGCGCAAGACAGUGCAGCAAGAUGUCUCAAAGACCUGCAUAAACAUGCAGAGUCAAUAAAAUUCUUCAUCCUAGGACCCCGAGAGUCGUGGUUCAGGCUCAAGAGGCUCCAGGCAGAACUGGGGCUUCGCGCUGAUGUGGGAAAUUCCACGAACACAAUUUUCGUCGGGCCAGAAAAUAGAAAUAGGCGGAUGGGUCGUCGCUGGGGAGGAUCUGCCACGGGAGGAAGAGAUAUGUGGAAUAGGUCACCCUCUUUCGAAGAGGAAGAGGAUGACGACUUCGUCCGCGGUGACUGGGUGAACGUUCGUGCGGAAAGGAGGUACGGGUAUCGUGAUAGAUAUCGCGAUUGUGAUGUUGAUUAUGUGUAUUAA